UCGAGUAGUGAGUAGAAAAUAUUUGAAGAAGAAAGAAAUUCUAUCAAGAAGGCAAGAGUGAAGAGUAGUUUGGUGCCACAAACGCCCAACACCAGUUUGAGAAGCUCUUAUGGUUCAUCUUCAGCCUCCGACCACCACCUAAUGAUGGCGGUUUCUUUCAACUCCGUCGUCUCUUUUAAUUCUGUCUCAGGAUCCUCCAUCAAAUCUCCUGUUCCAAAGGUUGACCGUGUUUCAGCUCCCUUUCUCUCUAUCAAAUUCACCCGAACCAUAAGUUUAAACAGAAGGCAUUCACAUUCACAUCUUUUGGUUGCAAAGAGUGAUGGUAUAAUUACAGACCUUAGUGAAAGUUCAAAUUCGGAGGAUUCUUCUUCUCCUAAUUCAGAAAGAAAAGUUGGCGAUGACACAAAACAGGAAAACAAGACACCGGCAUCUGCGCAGAAGAAAGCACCGCUAACUGCAAGAGAGAGAUUAAGGGCGGCAAGGGUACUGAGCCGUUACUCAGAAUCCAAGCCUGCCAAAUCAGUAAUAGGACGCAGCGUAUUGGAUGCUUUGAGAGAGAGUGAGAAGGGUAAAAAGGGACUUCCACAAGCACCUACUAACAUGCUUGAUGAUAGUAAGCGGGGAAUGCCAAAGGCGGGUCUGACGUUUGAAUUCCCGGGAGGUUUUGAUUUGUUUCUGAUUGCCUUCUCUUUUGUUUUUAUAAGCACAGUUAUGUUUGCAACAGUUUUCGUUGUUUGGAAACUCGGUGCUAUCCAUUACAAUGAGUACUGAAAUGCUGCUAUAAAUCGUCUUCAACGAGAAUAUUAGUUCAGUAUUCUUUAAUUGUAUAUUGAGAAGAAUGCAGAAAUCAUAGUCAAAUGCAUGUAGUUGUUCUUUACCAUUUAGGUACUGAAUGCUGAUGUAUAUGAUUUUACAGUUACAUUUUGGAGUUGUAUAGCAACAUCUUGUAUUAAGGUAA